AUGCUCCGCCCCCGGGGCGCCGCCGGGUCCUAUCGCCCGCCCGCUGCCAGCUCCCCCGGGGACGCUCAGCGCGUCCUGAGCGGGGGAACGACGGAGUGCGGGAGCAGAUUCCGGGUCUCAAGGGCCAUAAAACGCUUCCAGAUGUUCCGGUCAUCAAUGACACCAAACCCUGACGCCCCCCAUAGAGCGGUUACCCGUGGGGACAAAGAGCACAGGACUUCCAGCACGGGCUUUGCCGGCCGCGGAGGGGAGAGCCGGGGCAGGGAGCGGCGGCUCCGCGGGACCCUGCGGCGCUCCCCGGGGCGAGGAGGGAGGCUCCGCUCGGCUCCGCUCCGUUCCGCUCGGCUCCGCUCGGCUCCGCUCGGCUCCGCUCCGUUCCGCUCGGCUCCGCCGGGCUCGGCUCGGCUCCGCCAUGCAGGUAGGACGCGGGACCCGCUCCCGGGGGGGUUUGCAGCCCCCGGAGCCAGCCGCAGCCCGGGCACACGGGGCACAGCGAGCUCGGGCGCUGCCGCUUUCAGCCUUCGGAGCGCUCUGAGCCCUGCAGAGCCCCCGAUCCCCUUCCCGGGGAGCGACCUCAUCCCCCCCCCCCCCGUGACAGGGGCACGGGUGUGCGGGGCCGGCUCUGCCACCCCCGCUGCACGGGGACCAAGCGCCACACAGCAGCCGAGGUGCCGCGGGGUCACCCAUGGCCCCACGUGUUGGCACCAGAGCACAGGGGUGCCAGAGGAUGGUCUGGACCGAGACCGGGUCUUCAGCUCGUAUAAAACCAGGAAGAGGCACUUAGAGCUGCGAGAUCCUCGUGUGUGGGCGCGCUUCAUCUCUCCCCUCAUCCCGGGCUCUGCUGCUCCCACGGCCCCGUUCCCCAGCGAACGCUCUGGAGCCAGAUCUUACAUCAGGGCAGGGUUGCACCAGAGCUUGCAGCCGGAUGAACUCGUCUGCCAGGCCCCGGUUCAGGGCACGGUGUCCUCGGUGGCCGCACUGCAGGCUCUGCUCUGGGCAUCCCGGUGUCACGCACGCAUCCGCAGGGAGAGGUUUGCUCCGUGCCCGGCCACGGAGCCUGCUGAGACCUCCGGGGUUUUCUCUUGCCAGGAUGAGAUCCUGCUGACCCCCUGGAGGGAUUUUCCUGUGGAAGAUGUGGAAUCUGCCCCCUCCCUGGAGGAAGAGAAGUGGGAUUUUGUCCUGGUGAGCGACAUCCAUGAAGUGGGCAGCGAGAGGGAGAUCAAGAGGAAGAAGUUCCUGGAUGAGCUGAGCAAGAAGGGGUUCACCAUCAAGAAAAUCGAGGACCAGAAGCUCUUCUAUGGGGUCCGUGCCCCGAAGCUCCUCUUCCGGCAGUACCAGUGGCUCCUGAGGAACCCCGACAGCCGGCAGCAGAGCCCCGACGGCCACCACGAUGUAGCGGUGACCACGAGGAUACGGAUCGUGAACUUCAUCCUGCAGAACACGGUGACGCCCGAGCUCGAGAAGCUGCAGGACCUGAUCAAGAAGAAGGUUUUUGAGGCCGCGUUUCCCCUGCACGAGAAAGGAGAGCUGAGCGAAUUCCUGAAGGAGAAAUGGGCUCGCUGGAGAGUUAUCUUCUGCCGCCAGCCCAUCGAGAAGAUCAGGUGGUACUUCGGGGAGAAGGCAGCGCUGUACUUCGCCUGGCUGGGCUGGUACACGUUCCUGCUGGGCAUCGCCGCCGCCGCCGGGCUCCUGGUGUUCGUGGCGGGGAUCACGGUGUUCAACUCCAGCCAGGUGAGCAAGGAGAUCUGCGAGGCCACGGGCACCAUCAUGUGCCCGCUCUGCGACCAGCAGUGCCCCUUCUGGCGCCUCUCCGACACCUGCACCUAUGCCAGGGUCACCCACAUGAUCGACAACGAGGGGACAGUCCUGUUUGCCAUGUUCAUGGCCAUCUGGGCCACCGUGUUCCUGGAGCUGUGGAAGAGGCAGAGAGCCAGAGUGGUCACCGACUGGGACCUGUACCGCUGGGAUGAGGAGGAGGAGGAGCUGGCCCUGGAGCUGAUCAAUAACCUGCAGCACGAGCCCCGGCAGUACCAGCACUCCUACUUCCGCAGCACCAUCAUCCUCCUCCUGGUUCUGGUGAUGAUCGCGGUGCUGGUCGGCAUCGCGCACGCCCUCGUCAUCUACCGGGUGGUGGCAACAGCGCUGUUCACGCAGAGCAGCUCCGAGCUCCUGCGCGAGCAGGCCGACACGGUGGCCGUGAUGACGGGGGCCGUGCUGCACUACAUCACCAUCGUGGUCAUGAGCAAGGUCAACAGGCGCGUGGCCCUCUUCCUCUGCGACCUGGAGAAGCCCCGGACCUUCUCCCAGCGCGAGAACACCUUCACCGUGAAGAUCUUCACCUUCCAGUUCUUCACCAACUUCUCCUCGCUCAUCUACAUCGCCUUCUUCCUGGGGCGGAUCAACGGGCACCCAGGGAACUACGUGCGCAUCGCCGGCAAGUGGAGGCUGGAGGAGUGCCACCCCAGCGGCUGCAUCACCGACCUCUUCAUCCAGAUGGCCAUCAUCAUGCUGCUCAAGCAGACCAUCAGCAACGUGAUGGAGUACCUCAACCCCUGGAUACGCCACCAGCUACGCAGGAAGCGGCUGCGGCGCCCCAAGAAGAGGAGGAUGAUGUUAGGGGAGGAAGAGGAGGCCGAGGACCCCUGCAAGAGGCAGUGGCUGAGCAAUUACGAGCUCAACGAGGUCAACAUCUUCAGCCUGUUUGAUGAGUUCCUGGAGAUGGUGAUCCAGUACAGCUUCACCACCAUCUUUGUGGCCGCCUUUCCCCUCGCCCCGCUGCUGGCCUUCUGCAACAACCUCUUUGAGAUCCACCUGGAUGCCAUCAAGAUGAUGCGGCUGCACCGGCGCAUGGUGCCCAGGAAGGCCAACGACAUCGGAAUCUGGCUGCUGGUCCUGGAGGCCAUCGGCAUCCUGGCUGUCAUCGGGAAUGGGCUGGUGAUCGCCAUCACCUCCGACUUCAUCCCCGUGCUGGUCUACAAGUACACGUACAGCCCCUGCGUGACUGGGAACAGCACUGGCGUGGACUGCUCCGCCGGUUACAUCAACCACAGCCUGUCCACCUUCCGCGUCCAGGACUUCGAGUUCCACUCGAAGCUGCCCCAGCUGCCAGCAGGCUCUGUCACCAACAUCACAGAGUGCAGGUACCGGGACUACAGGAACGCCGAGGACUACGGCUACACGGUGCAGUUCUGGCACAUCUUCGCCGCCCGGCUCGCCUUCCUCAUCCUCUUCGAGCACGUGGCUCUGUGCGUGAAGCUCAUUGCAGCCUGGUUCAUCCCCGACGUGCCCCUGUCAGUCAAGAACACGUUCCUGGGCAGGAAGCACAGCGACCUCCGUAAGGAGCUCAGCAUGAUGGAGUACUCCACCGAGGUGUAGCCUCUGCUCCCCGAGGAGCAGCACGGAUUGAGGCCGUGCC